AUGUCAAUGCUCUCAUCCUGGGAGUCUGCUUACAAUUGGUUCAGCUUAUUAAGCAGCUCAGCGCCACUCCGACCAUCAGUGCUCAAGGAGCUGCCUCAGAUACGCAGUCAGCCCUCCGGGCGAACAAAGAAGUCUUCUUCUUUCGAACGUGAGAUAGAAAAGGUCAAUGUCUUCUAUCUUCAGAAAGAAGCCGAGUUUUCGCUCCGGCUCAAAACGUUACUCGAUAAGAAACGAGUCAUUUUAGCAAGAAUAGCUUCCAACUCCAGGCUCUCUGCCAGUUUUGCGACUUUAGUUGAGGGGUUUCAACAGUUCGAUAAUGAUCUAAACAAACUUCAACAUUUCGUUGAAGUCAACGAAACGGCUAUUUCCAAAAUUCUCAAAAAGUGGGACAAAACGUCAAAGUCGAGAACGAAAGAAAUCUAUUUACAGCGUGCGGUCGAAAUCCAGCCAUGUUUCAACCGUGACGUGCUUCGAGAUUUCGCAGACCGAGCUACUACCGCUAGACUCAACCUUGAGGCAUUUGCUGAAGGCGAGAAUACCCAGGAUGAAGUUCCGAGAUCUACAGACCGAAUGAUCGGGCAGCGCGUUGGCACCGAGGAAAGUGAUAUUGAUUUGCAAAUUCUUCAAGCAUCUGCAGCCGGCAAUAUCGGCGCAUUGCGCGAAUGGAUCGCAAGACUGAGUGCUUCAGCAGACGCUGGCGAAAGAUUCACGCGAAUCUUUCUUGCCACGAUCAGUGAAGCACCCGACGAGUCCUUGCGUGUCUUCUUAGAAUCUGGACUCGUCGACAUCAACGCCGAGGACGACAUUAACGAGCGCAAUUGUCUACAUGAGGCCACCAUCUACGGCAAGGAGAUUGUCCUAGAAUACGGCUUGACCCACGAGGUCGAUCCGACAAGAUUGGAUGUCUAUGGAAGAGUACCACUGCAUUAUGCAUGUAUCAGAGGAAGAUUGGGCAUGGUGCAGAGAUUGCUCGAUCACGGACCCAACACUAUCGACAUGAAAGACCACGACAACUUUACCGCUCUUAUACACAGUAUUGUGCGUCACCGGGACGACUGUGUGCGCCUACUCCUCCAGCAUAAUGCUAGGAUCGAUCCUGAUUCAGACGCUGACCAUAUUCCACUGAAUCUGGCUUGUCAACACGGAUGCGUCAACAUUGCGAAGAUGCUGCUGGAGCGGAGGGCGAAAUUACUUCCCGACGCAGAAGGUCUCUUCCCACAACAUCUGGUCGCCCGAUCGAGUCAAGAGGCAGCGCUUCUUCUCCUUCUCAGACAACAUGGAGCGGACCUCAACCAGCGUGACAAGUUAUAUCAAUGGACGCCGUUGUUCCACGCGGCCAGCGAAGGUCGCGUAGAUUGCCUGCGCGUCCUCCUCGAGAACGGGGCCGAUCCUGAAGCCCUUGACGAGAAGGGUCUGACGGCAAUGUACUACGCUACAUGGGAAGGACAUUUGGAGUGUAUGGAUCUGUUGUGGGAACGUAGCAGUCAUCGACAGGCGGAGAGGCGGUCCUCUUCCAGGCUCGGCACCUUCGUCCCUCCACACAAUCAGUUGAACGCCAUGGAGAUCACUCCUGACGCGCCGGCGCCGGCAGAGGUAGACGGGAUCCCUGACCUCUCACUACCCCCACCAAUCAUCCCCAUGCGCCGAUAUGGUCACAACUUCUUGGACACCAAGACGUUCAUUGCGAUCAAUUUCGACCGCGGGGCGCAGGCCAUUCAGUUCUUCAAUGAAGCGCGAUAUCCCGCUGCCCGCUUGACCAUCUCCUCGAAAACCUCGGAUCUCAUCCCUCGCAACUUGAUGUUGCCUAUCCAGGAGGACUCUCGAUCGGUCUAUUUCCAAGUGGACACACUGAGCACUUUUGCUGUGGAUUUCGAAAUCUUCCCGACGUUCGGUUCCAAAGUCAUUGCCAAAUCGGUGGCCCUGCCCGACCUGUUCCGAGCAAUCGAAAGCAGUGCCGGAACGUGUUGUCUGCCACUGUUCGACCCAAGAUUGCGCUGCGUCGGUCAAAUCCAAUUCAGUUUCCAAGUCAUCAAACCAUACCGAGGCACGCCACUGGAAAUCACCCAGUUCGCCACAUAUUGGAAGGCUACAAGCGCGCUCGACGACCAUGGCGGACUCGUAACAGGAUCCAGUCUGUCUGGGGACUACUUGCGCUUGACGGUCCAGCUGACCCGUGACGGCAUCCCUGUGAUCUAUCCAUCGUACUUCAUCCCCUACAACAACAUGGACGUCUGCAUCUCCCAGGUAACAUUCGACGUCUUCAACAAACUCGGGUUAUCCAAUAGCAGCAGCCUCCUGCAAAGCGAUGGCACAUCGACACUGCGCAGCAUCGACAUCAUGGACUGGCGCGAUCGACUGACCGGUCCGAUAUUUGCGCUGCGUGAGGUCCUAGCUGCAGUCCCCGCCCAGAUCAAUUUCAACCUGCACAUUCUGUACCCAAUGAACCACGAAGAUCCUGAGCUGGGUGUAUAUUCCGGCAUCGACAUCAAUACGUUCGCCGACUCGAUCUUGACCGAGGUCUUCGACCAUGCGCGUUCUUUACGAGCCCAGUCGCCAGAUCUCUCUCGCUCGAUUGUCUUCAGCUCAGGGAACCCGAAUGUCUGCACGGCCUUGAAUUGGAAACAACCCAAUUUCCCUGUCUUGCUGUGUAAUGAUCUCGGCAAUGCUAGUGUGAGUGUCAGCGGUAGCGGCAAUGUUAGGGGUGACGGUGGCGGUGGAGGUAUUGGCAAUGCGAGCAGAGACAUUCAUGUCACCGCUGACGGUACGAACGCCAUUGGUGGCCACAGCCACGGCACCUCGAUUAAAGAAUCCGCCCGUCUCGCGCAGAUGAACAACUUCAUGGGCAUGACGUGCUCGUCGCGGAUUCUACAAAUGGUGCCCUCGUUGAUCGAGACCAUUCGAGAAGCAGGGCUCGUGUUGGUCUCGGACGCUUCGGAAACCGCUGCUGCUUCUGCUACGACCACUACAUCUGGCACUGGACGACAGCAGCAUAAUCAGUUUGUUCAGGCUCCUCCUUCUCAGCCUGCGACAGGAUGGACGAUGAUGCCGGAAGGUGUCAAUGGAAUCAUGAAGCCGAAUGGGAUUUUGCGCUUCAACGAGACGGUCGACAUGUGA